UAGUGAUCUAUUUCAGAACUUAAUAUGUAAAUAACAAUAACACUUCUUUGAGUGAAAGAAUGAAUAAUUAUAAUUACAUGGUUUUCUGAUAAUAUUACCUCCUUCAAACCAUUUCCAAACUCCCAAUUGCUGGCUGGAUCAGAGAAAAGACAAUUGUAGCGAUUCUUUUGGAAGACAACGCAUGGUGGCGCUGCAGGCUAAGGCUUAAAAAAAAAAAAAAAAGGCAGCCCGGGAACUGCUGUGAACUCUACUUCCCAUCUAUAGCCGAAGACAAAAGCUUGUACGCAGAGUUCAGGACCAGUACGUCACGAUACUCAUCAGCAUUUCCGGAUAGUUACCAACCGAGAUCCUUCACUGUUCCCAAGGUAGAGGUGAGCCCUGUUUUUGGAAAGGCGUUUGUGGAUGUAAAGAUGGAGGCCGGAGGGGAGUGCUUUCCUGAACAAAGGCAAGUCCUGAUUCUCUUUCUCCUGUUGGGAGAGGCUCUGGCAGGCUGGGAAUCCCGUCGCUAUUCCGUGAUGGAGGAAACAGAGAGUGGCUCAUUUGUGGCCAACCUGGCCAAGGACCUGGGACUGGGAGUAGGGGAGCUGGCAGCGCGGGGAGCCCGGGUGGUCUCUGAGGAUAACGAACCCGGCUUGCAGCUUGAUCUGCAGACCGGGGAGUUGGUAUUAAGUGAGAAACUGGAUCGGGAGGAGAUGUGCGGCUCUACAGAUCCAUGUGUAAUGCAUUUCCAAGUGUUACUGAAAAACCCAUUGGGAGUAUUUCGGGCUGAGCUACUGGUGAGAGAUAUAAAUGAUCAUUCUCCCGAAUUUCCUGAAAGAGAAAUGACUCUGAAAAUCCUGGAGACAAGCCCUCCUGGGACUGUGUUUGCUUUGAAAAAAGCCCAGGACUUGGACGUGGGCAACAACAACAUCCAAAAUUACAGCAUCAGUCCCAACUCUCAUUUCCGUGUUUCUACCCGCACCAGAGGGGAUGGUAGGAAAUACCCAGAACUGGUACUAGUCAAAGAGCUGGAUCGGGAGGAGCAGGCUGAGCUCAGAGUAACUCUCACAGCGCUGGAUGGCGGCUCUCCACCCCGGUCUGGUGCUGCUCAGGUUCGCAUCUUGGUCUUGGACGUCAAUGACAAUGCCCCUGAGUUUGUACAGAAACUCUACCAGGUUCAAGUUCCAGAGAACAGCCCUGUGGGCAUGCUAGUUGUCAAGGUCUCUGCUAGAGAUUUAGACACUGGGACAAAUGGGGAGAUAUCCUACUCCUAUUUUUAUAGUUCUCAGGAGAUAAGUACAACUUUUGAGCUAAACAACUUUUCAGGAGAAGUUCGACUGAUUAAAAAACUAGAUUUUGAGACAAUAUCUUCAUAUGAGCUGGAAAUAGAAGCAUCUGAUGGUGGAGGGCUUUCUGGAAGAUGCUCUGUCUCCAUUGAGGUGGUGGAUGUUAACGAUAACUUCCCAGAACUAACUAUUUCAUCACUCACCAGCCCCAUUCCUGAAAAUUCUCCAGAAACAGAGGUAGCCCUGUUUAGAGUUCGAGAUCGAGACUCUGGGGACAACGGAAAGAUGACUUGCUGCAUCCAGGAUGAUCUCCCUUUCCUCCUGAAACCAUCAGAAGAGAAUUUCUAUACCUUAGUAACAAAUGGGGCGCUGGACAGAGAGAGCCAGGCGGAGUACAACAUCACGAUCACCGUCAGUGACCUGGGGACCCCCAGGCUGAAAACCCAGCACAACAUCACCGUGACGGUCUCCGACGUCAACGACAACGCCCCCGCCUUCAGCCAGACCACCUACACCCUGCGCGUCCGCGAGAACAACAGCCCCGCCCUGCACAUCGGCACCGUGAGCGCCACCGACAGAGACGCGGGCGCCAACGCCCAGGUCACCUACUCGCUGCUGCCGCCCCGGGACCCGCACCUGCCGCUCGCCUCGCUGGUGUCCAUCAACGCGGACAACGGGCAGCUGUUCGCGCUCAGGUCCCUGGACUACGAGGCGCUGCAGGCCUUCGAGGUCCGCGUGGGCGCGGCCGACCGCGGCUCGCCCGCGCUGAGCAGCCAGGCGCUGGUGCGCGUGCUGGUGCUGGACGACAACGACAACGCGCCCUUCGUGCUGUACCCGCUGCAGAACGGCUCUGCGCCCUGCACCGAGCUGGUGCCGCGGGCGGCCGAGGCGGGCUACCUGGUGACCAAGGUGGUGGCGGUGGACGGCGACUCGGGCCAGAACGCCUGGCUGUCGUUCCAGCUGCUCAAGGCCACGGAGCCCGGGCUGUUCGGCGUGUGGGCGCACAACGGCGAGGUGCGCACGGCCCGGCUGCUGAGCGAGCGCGACGCCGUCAGGCACAGGCUGCUGGUGCUGGUCAAGGACAAUGGCGAGCCGCCGCUGUCGGCCAGCGUCACGCUGCACGUGCUGCUGGUGGACGGCUUCUCGCAGCCCUACCUGCCGCUGCCGGACGUGGCGGCGGCCGAGGCCCGGGCCGACCCGCUCACCGUCUACCUGGUCAUCGCCUUGGCGUCCGUGUCGUCGCUCUUCCUGUGCUCGGCGCUGGCGUUCGUGGCGGUGCGGCUGUGCAGGAGGAGCGGGGCGGCGUCGGGGGGUGGCUGCGCGGUGCCCGAGGGCCACUUUCCGGGCCACCUGGUGGACGUCAGCGGCGCGGGGACCCUGUCCCAGAGCUACCAGUACGAGGUGUGUCUGGCGGGAGGGACUGGGACCAGCGAGUUCAAAUUCUUGAAGCCGAUUUUCCCCAAUAUUGUAAGCCACGAUCUUGGGAGGAAGUCAGAGGGAAAUCCAACCUUCCAAUCCAACUUUCCGGAAUAGUUUAGAUACUGGACUUGCCUAGCCAGCUCCCACAAUUGGGUGGCAUACAGCUGUGUGAAAAAUAUGGUAUCUAUUGGUAGAUCAAAUUUGCUAGUAAUGUUGUUGAGAAUUUUGUGUUUAUAUUCAUGAAGGAUAUUGAUCUAUGUAUUUUUUCAUAUUAUGCUCUUAACAGGUUUAGUUUCAGGAUUAUACUGGUCUCAUAAAAUGAUUUGGCAAUUGUUUUCUCCUUUCCUUUAUGAAAGAGUUUGUGUAAGAUAUUUAUUAUUUCUCCUUUAUGUAUUUGAUAGAAUUUACCACAGAAGACAUCUGUGGCUAACAUUUUCUUUGUGGAAAAAUUUUGAAUUGCAAAAAAUUGUUUAAAUAGAUAUGCUACAAUGCCAUUUUCCUGUUUGUUUUUGUGUCAGUUCAUAACAGGUUUUUUAAAAAACAAUUUGUCCAUUUUAUCUACAAUGUUAAAUUUAUUGACAUGAAGUUAUUGAUAAUAUUCCUUUAUUAUCUUUUCAAUUUAUUUAGGAUCUGUAGUGAUGCCCCUUUCAUUCUGGAUAUUGGUAAAAUACAUUUUGUCUCCUUUUUGUCUAUCAGUAUUGCUUUAUCAGUAUCAAUUUUAUUAAUCUUUAUUAAAAAGUUUUUUUUCUUUGUCAUUUUCCUAUUUUUGUUUUCUGUUUCAUUGAUUUCCACUCUUACAUUUUUAUUUAUUUUUCUAUACUAUUUUGGAUUUAGUUUUCUCUUCUUUUUCCAGUUUCUCUGAAGUUUUGUAUCAUUGUUGCUAAAACUUUUUUUAUAUAGAUUAAAAUAUAUAACAUAAAGCUAUACAUUUCCUUCUCUAUGUUAUUCUGGUUGCAUUUCAUGAAUUUUGAUACAUGGUGAUCUUUUUGCCAUUCAAUUUAAAUUUAUCUAUGAUAUCCCUUUUGAUUUCUGAUUUGACCUGUUGGCUAACUGGAAGCAUGUUGCUUCAUUCCCAAAUAUCCAGAUGCAACAUUUUUCAUAUUCAAAGUAACUCUUUUGGUCUGGGAACAUAUGCUGUAUAGUUUCAACCCUUUGAGAUUUAUUGGGUUUUGUUGUGAUCCCAUAUGAAUUAUCUUGAUGAAUUCCUCAUGUGUACUUGAAAUAAAUAUGUGUGUAGUAUUCUAUAAAUAAAUAAACCAAGUUGCUUGAUAAUGUU